UUUUCAUACUGGAUCGCCUGUGCCUUACAGAAACUGAAAAGUUCUUCCUAUAUCAAAAUAUAGAAAAUAAUCUUUUGUUAUAAAUAGGUUUUAUUUUCUUUGCUGAUCAUUUUGAACAUAAAAAAUCAUAAAUCCAUUGCAAAAAAAAUAAUUUCGUGAAAGUGAACUAUUUCCUUUAAGCUGAUUGAAGUGUUAAUUUUGUGUUUUAGCUGAGAAUUUGCACAUUCCCCCUGCUGGAAAUUUAUUUUGCCUUUAUUCUUAAGGCACUUUGUGUUGAUCUUACGUUUUCGUGUGGUCACAACCUUACCUGCUAACAGUUGUUUAAUUACCUACUAGUUUGUUUUUUAUAUGGAAUUGGAUCCUAUGAGCUGUACUUGUAUGGGAAUUGAAUUGGUUACUCAAGCACUGUAGCCAGAAGAGACUUGAAAAAAGGACAUAUAUCCCAAGUUGAAAACUUGAAAAGUACUUAAGAUGAUUCGCUUGUUUUCUGUGUCUGGUAUGGUUUUACGGAACAACUUCAACAGGACAUUUUCUACAUCAAGAAGCUGUGAGAAGCUGCGUGUGGCCAUCAUCGGCCAGAGCUCGUUCGCCGGCGAGGUGUACAAGCUGCUGCGCAAGGAUGGCCACACGGUGGUGGGCGUGUUUACUGUGCCCGAUCAGGGCGCGCGCGAGGACCCCGUCGCCACGACGGCGGCCGCGGACGGCGUGCCCGUCUUCAAGUUCAAGUCGUGGCGCAAGAAGGGCGUGGCACUGCCCGAGGUGCUCGAGCAGUACAAGUCGGUGAACGCCGAGCUGAACGUGCUGCCCUUCUGCAGCCAGUUCAUCCCCAUGGAGGUCAUCAACGCGCCGCGACACCAGAGCAUCUGCUACCACCCGUCGCUGCUGCCCCGCCACCGCGGCGCAUCGUCCAUCAACUGGACGCUGAUGUGCGGCGACAAGAAGGCGGGCUUCUCGAUCUUCUGGGCGGACGACGGCCUGGACACGGGCCCCAUUCUGCUGCAGAAGGAGUGCUCGGUCGACCCGGACGAGACGGUCGACACGCUCUACAACAAGUUCAUGUACCCGGAGGGCAUCAAGUCUAUGGCUGAUGCGGUGAACAUGGUGUCUGCGGGCACUGCGCCGCGGGUGCCCCAGACAGAGGAGGGUGCCACCUACGACCCCUUCCUCAAUAAGAAGGAACUGGUGCGUCUGGACACCGAGAGACCGGCCGAGGACAUUCACAACUUUAUCCGAGGACUGGACAGCUCGCCCGGAGCCUGGAUUAUGAUGGACGGUAAGGAGACCAAGCUGUACGGCUCGAAGCGGUUCUCGGGGCCGAAGCCGACCGGCACCGAGGUAGCCAUCGAGGGCUGUGACCGGCCGGGCGUCAUCUGCUCCCACGGUCUCGUCAUCACCGGCUCGGACGGCAAGAUGGUAUCGGUGGCGCGUCUCUCGGUCGAGGGUAAGUUCGUGCAGGCGGCCAAGUACGGCCAGGCGGAGGAGACCCGCGAGCGACUCGAGCUGACAGCCGAGGAGACGGCCGUGGCAGACGACCUCCGGAAAACCUGGGCCGACAUCCUGAAAAUCGACGUCAGCGACGAGACAGACUUUUUCGUGGCCGGCGCCGGCAGCAUGGACGUCGUCAGGCUGCUGGAGGAGGUGAAGAUGAAGUCGGGUGUCGAGCUGCAGAACGAGGACGUCUUCAUGGCCUCCAAGUUCGACGACUUUGUGCAGACAGUGGUGUUUGUGUCUCGCGGCGGCAGUCUGAAGCCCGAGUUCACCUAUGACGCCAUCAAGAUGCACGUCAACAACAUGGACAUCUCGUUCCCGCACCAGAUCUUCAUCAACAACGAGUUCACGGAGAGCAGCACGGGUCGACAGAUUACCUCCAUCAACCCGGCCGACGAGUCGCCCAUCUGUGACGUGGCGCGGUCGUCGCCGUCCGAUGUGGACCGCGCUGUGAGGGCGGCGCACGAGGCCUUCACCGAGGGCGAGUGGGGCAAAAUGAACGCCAGGGACCGCGGCGCGCUCAUGUUCAAACUGGCCGACCUGAUGGACCAGCACAAGGAGGAACUGGCCACCAUCGAAUCCAUCGACUCUGGCGCCGUCUAUACGCUGGCACUGAAGACGCACAUCGGCAUGUCCAUUGACACGUGGCGCUACUUCGCUGGAUGGUGCGACAAGAUCCAGGGCAAGACGAUACCGAUCAACAACGCCCGGCCCAACCGGAAUCUGACCAUCACCAAACGCGAGCCCAUCGGUGUGUGCGGCCUGGUGACGCCCUGGAACUACCCCCUGAUGAUGCUCUCCUGGAAGAUGGCCGCCUGUCUAGCGGCCGGUAACACUGUGGUCAUCAAGCCCGCCCAGGUGUCCCCGCUCACGGCGCUGAAGUUUGCCGAGCUGGCGGUCCGGGCCGGCUUCCCGCCGGGCGUCAUCAACGUGGUGCCCGGAUCAGGCGGCGAGUGCGGUCAGGCGAUAGCUGACCACCCGCUGGUGCGCAAACUCGGCUUCACCGGCUCCACUGAGAUCGGCAAGGUCAUCAUGAAGUCGUGCGCAGAGUCCAACCUGAAGAAGGCCUCGCUCGAGCUCGGCGGCAAGUCGCCGCUCGUCAUAUUCGCCGACUGUGACAUGGACAAGGCCGUGCGCAUGGGUAUGAGCAGCGUCUUCUUCAACAAGGGCGAGAACUGCAUUGCGGCCGGCCGUCUCUUCAUCGAGGAGUCCAUCUACGACGAGUACCUGCGCAGGAUUGUCGAGGAGAUCGGCAAAAUGACGAUCGGCGACCCGCUGGACCGUUCCACGCAGCACGGCCCGCAGAACCACCUGGCCCACCUGCAGAAGCUGCUCGAGUACGUCGACAUCGGCGUCAAGGAGGGCGCGCGUCUGGUGGUCGGUGGGAAGCGCGUGGACCGGCCCGGCCUGUACAUGGAGCCCACCGUGCUGGCAGACGUCGAGGACCACAUGUUUAUCGCCAAGGAGGAGUCGUUCGGACCCAUCAUGGUCGUCUCAAAGUUCGCAGAGGGUGACGUGGAGGGUGUGGUUCGACGCGCCAAUGACACCGAGUACGGCCUGGCCUCUGGCGUGUUCACGCGCGACGUGAACCGCGCCCUGUACGUCUCGGACCGGCUCGACGCCGGCACCUGCUUCGUCAACACCUACAACAAGACGGACGUGGCCGCCCCCUUCGGUGGCUUCAAACAGUCCGGCUUCGGAAAGGACCUCGGUGAGGAGGCACUUAACGAGUACCUCAAGACCAAAACCAUCACCUUCGAGUACUGAGUCGGCGCCCGGCUGAUGACGUCCCGGUUGUGUGAUGACGUCAUGACCGUGUGAUGACGUCAUUGCUACCAACUGAAGAUCACUGCGCCGGGCGGACCUAGUUACGCCGCCAACGGACUUACAGGGUGAUUCAGAAAAGUGUCCCACAUUUGUUUUCUGAAUUAUUUAAAAACUUGGUAACGCAGACACAUGUUUAUUGCAUCAAAAGAAGCAGCAUUUCAUGGAGAUUUGUUUGGAAGCAGCCAGCAUGGCAUAACGUGACAGGUGCAGUCAGUGGAGCACGUGCUCCAGAUGGCGUCCAUUUCGCGACAGGCACAGAUCAGCCCUGUGCUUGACUUCUGCUACCACUCGGGCGCAGGUGGCAAGAGGAAUCCUGCGGACUUCACGCCCGAUGGCAGCCUUUAGAUCUUAGAGGUUUUGGGGGCUGCCUUGGUAGACGCGGCUCUUCAGAUAUCCCCAGAGGUAGAAGUCGAGCGGCGUUAGAUCCGGGGAGUGCGCCGGCCAGGGGUGCGCCGUUUUCCGGCUGAUCACGCGGGCACAGAAGUGCGUCUCCAGCCACUCGAGGGCGAUGUUGGAGGUGUGAGGCGUCGCACCGUCCUGCUGGAACCAGAAGAAGUUUAGCUGUGUCUGGUGUUGAGCUUGUAAGCGUUUCCAGAAGCGAUUGAGCGUUGUUGUGUACCGCUCUUUGGUGAUGGUGGCUGUCGAUCCGUCUUGGUUCUGGAACCAAAUGGGUCCGAUGAUGCCUUUGACGCUGAAAGCGCACCACGCCGUGACCUUUUGGCUGUGGAGUGGCUUUUCCAUCACGAUAUCAGGUCGCUCAGCGGCCCAAAUCCUGCAGUUCUGGGUGUUCACGUAGCCAUCAAGGUGAAAGUGCGCUUCAUCACUGAACCAAAUGUUCUCCAGAAAGGCUGGAUCGGAUGUGCACUUUUCAGAAAACCAUCUGGCAAAGCUAGACCGCUGCUCUUGAUCGCUUGAUGUCAACUUGUGAUGAAUAGUAACUUUAUAGGGCGUAAGUCCAAGGUCCUUUCUAGCGAUUCGCCACACAGAGCUGUAGCUACCGUUGACCUCUUGUGCGAGCUUUCGCAGUGAUUUUGAGGGGUCGUCGUUGAUAGCCGCCUGGACUUUUGCGAUGAAUUCUGAAGUUCUAGCAGAAGACUUUCUUCCACUCCGACCCUUGUUUAGGUUUCCGACCGAUCCCUCUCUCAGGAGCUGUUCACAGAGUCGAAGUAUUGUCUUUCUAUCUGGAGUUUUCCUUGUUUGAAAAUGGGCCCGAAAUUUCCGUUGCGUUAAGACGAUUGAUUUGGUCUCCCAGUAAAACUGCACGACCUUUGCUUUUUGUUCCUUACUCAAAGGCGACAUGAUUAACAGUGUUCUCACCUACUUCAAAUAAAUUUACAUUGCACGUGCUUACUUUCACAGCAAACGAAACGUGUUUGUGUCGUACCAUGCGCUUUGAAUUUGAAGAUGAAAUGUGGGACACUUUUUUGAAUCACCCGGUAUGUCAAACUACCGAAUGUGCUCACUGGCUUAGUAAAAGGUCGGGCGUGUCGAAUCGCUCAUUGACUCGGUGAAAUGUCGGGAGCCAGUGUCGCUCAGUGCCGUCGGAAAGUGCCAUCAUGCUGAUCUGAUCGGUCUCAUUGCGAGGGACGAGUGACGCGAUGAGCCCGUCACGAAAUGAACCUCUCUGGUGAUCUGAUUGAUACUUACAAACAUCCCUGGCUGUUGGGAUGUGUUUAAAGAUGUUGUAUAUAAAGGUCACUAGCGGGCCAUGCGUGCUUCCUGAAACCAUUCGGGUACUCUGGAUCAGGGUUUGACUCUGGACCUAUUUUCACCAGCGAUGGUAUCGCUAACUGUAGCUAUUUGUGGACAUAUAACAGGGAUAAAAACUGGUAUGGUGCGAAUUUUUAGGAUAUUGUGCGCACCGUGGAAGUGAUCGUUGGACCUUGUGUGUGGCCCCGUUUUAAUGGGCUGCGCAAUAUGGGUUAAAGUCGCGUGAUGCAGGCUAUUUGAGAUCUGACUUUUGUUGAUAUAUUUUUACGACGUGUGUCGUUUUCAAUGAGUGGUGCGCUAAUUUAGUGACUGUUGUUUACUACUUACAACUCUGUUGCGCUUUGCCGUGCAUGUAAAGCGCCUUCGGAGGAUCGCUUAAGUAUUCAGUCAUCUCCGUGGUAGCUCACAGUCUGAUAUCAGUAAGCACAGAGGGGUAGUGAAUUUCAAUAGUCUCUGAAUAACAAAUAGUUGUCAGACAUCUCAUGGAUGUGUGUAGGUUUGUGUUUGUUAUGGUGCUGCCAGGCGAUGGCUGAAUCUCGUCUCUGCUACGACUGCCACCGUGUGAGUUUAGACUGGGUUAAGAACUGCCGAGCCGUUAUGGGUUUAAGUCUUUUGCUCUAUCCCUGGUUGAUGUGGAAUCCAUGGUUCAGAGUAUGCUGGUCUUUGUACGUAGAGCUUUCUCCAUAUGUAAAUAAACGGAAUAUCUGGUUUA